AUUUGGUUUUUCUGGAAGCUAUAAAACUAAAUGCAAUAGAACCGUCUACCCAAAGCCCGGAUACAUUGUAUCAACAAUAGAUUAAUAAUAACAGAUCUUUGCAGAUCUUCCAACAAAGCUUAGAAAGGAUAUUUACAAGUCUUUGAAUAUUUGUUCUGAAGCUGUCUGAUUACAGCUACAGAUUAUAUGGUCUCUCCAUUUUAUAAAGCAGUACAAUAAUUUAUGAUUUUUGCUUCCCAUGUAUCAUUGCUCAGUAUUGCUAAUAAGCAUUUUCUAAGUGUUCACAGCUACUAGCCAAAUAAUUCUUUUUGUGAUAAUAAAAAAGUAAACAUAUAUCAUUCAAACCCCGAAAAUACAGAGGCGAUGUAUCAGAAAACUACCUUCCUCUUUUUUUAUUUUCUAGGCAAUAAAUCAAAUAACUUUGUUCUGCCUUUUUUUCUUCAGAGGUCUGGUUAAUCUCUACUAGUUCACGUACUAUGCAGUGUUGUUUCAUUCAUUUUUGUAAUCUCUGAUAAAAUGUCUCUUCUAGUUCAGAACAGGUCCCCAUCACCUUUAUGUGCUAAGAAGUCUCAACUCCUAAAAAAAUUCCUGCAGUUUCCUAAGAAUUUCACAUCUAAGACACUCUCUUUUAGAUCCCCUAGGAUGUUUUGAAGUGCAGAAAAAGCUUACAAAGAUUUACACAUUAUGUCAUCAUCAAUAAACUAGUAGGAAACUCAAGCGCCCUGUAAGCAAUUCCAAGGCGAGGCAAAUAUUCUGUCUCGUAAUGCCGGAUCGUGAUGGUCAAAGCAUGAACUGAAGAUUUUCUUUUUUAAAUGUACGUUUUUGCAAUUAUUCAAAUGCAGAAAAAUCUAUGUUGUGUUUAUUACCUCUUCACCGCUACUAAGUAAAUAAGUUUUAUACCAAUUGUCAUUUCUUAACUUUUCAAAAGUGUAUUUAGGAAGGCAUCAUCACUUUCAUAUCUGCCCAAUUACUCACUCCUAUUUUACAGUAAUUUACUGUAUAAAUAGUGUGCUGACUUAAAUCAUCUUUUUAAAAAGUGAUUUUUCAAGCUGUUUCUUGAGCUGCACAUAAAAAAACUUAUACAUUCUCACUAUGCAUUUAUUUUGGUACAUUUAUCACUACAACAAAAUGCUUUUUUUUAGAAUAUGUUCUUCCAUCUUAUCUCUUCCUAGGAAGUUCAUACUUAGCAGCCUAUGAGCAAGGAACUAACGUAAGGCCUGAGUGGCACAGAUUGUUAUAUAGCACUGUACAGUAUCAUGUUACAAGGGACUGGUAAGUUAGCAGGCAUAGUGCAUAAAGCGUUUAUCCCAGCCUUGAGGGACAAAGCAUUCUGUGAUAGCUGCAGCGUUUGCUGCAACUAAAUUCAGCAGGGACCACGAACGGGCACUGCUGUCCCUGCAGCGGCAGGCUGGCACCGCGGGCAGCCCGAGGCUCACCCGGGCACCGCGCUGUCCCGCACACCGCCUCAACCAGGGCGGGCAACCAGCUGCGCCCCAGGGGCUUCUUGCCCCAUUCUACUCCCACAGGCCCUAGGAACCAAAGCUUGGAGAGUGGUGGGCCCUUAGACUGCUGCUUCAAACCCUGCCACAAUACCAGCAGCAAUGUCUUUACCGGCCGGUAUAGGACUCCUAAAGUCAGUUUAGCGAUAAAGUUUCUUCGAGAGAACUAACCCACGCGUUUCUUCCGUGCCAUGGGAGAAAUAAACUUGUGUGGCAGGUGUCAGAAGACUGGGCACCGCGAUAGGCUUUUGACUUAGCCUGCAAACCUACAGGGGUGUCUGCCAUGUGCCUCACGGCGGGAUUGCACAGAAAACUGGGCCAAAAUCAGAUUACGAGAUCAGAUUUUCGGUCUGCGGCAGCUGAAGGCGAAGAUGCAGAUGGACGUUUUGUGCUCGCCUGCGAGCAGAGAGCGGCGAGGCAGCCAGGGCAGCUCUGCUGUUCCUCCCUCCUCGCUGCCGCAACCACCGGUCCGAAGCGACUUCUAAAGCCCGCAGCAACCCCUGCCCUCCCAGCGGGCCCUGCCGGGCUCCCUGCCCCGGCCGCGGUGGAGCCGUACUGUGCCCCGCAGUCCCCCGGCGGGCACCCAUGGGGAAGAGGUGGCCUCCCUCGGCCGGCCCUGUUCCCUAGAUAGCAGUGGUUUAGAGCAAGUCCGUAGAUCUUCGCUAAAGGACAGAAAGCAACUGGCAGGUACAGGGAAGCGAGUGGAGGGCGAUGCCCUCAAACGGCCGGCCCGGACCUGCCAGCGCGGCCGCCCUGCCCUCCAUAGGCGCCCGGCGCUCUGCCUCCGCGGCCGCGCCCUCCUCCCGCCCGCCCCUGGGCCGCGCCCGGGCUCCGCCGCCCCGGCCGGCGCGCAGCACCGCGGCGGAGGCAGCGCACCUCUCCGGGCACGGGGGCCGGCGGCUCGCCGAGCCUAGCUCUGCGCAGGCAGUCAGCCGGCCUGCCCCGGGAGGAGGGCCCGGCGAGGGGAGGCGGCCAAGCGGCAGCGGUAGCAACGGAGGAGCCGGCAGCGUGCGCAGCCCAGCGUGGCUGUGCGACCAGGCUCCUUCCCCGCUGCGCUUGCCAGCUGUCGCCCACCUCCCUGUCAGUGGUUACCGCCCCCGGCCUGCGAGCAACAUGAGAGUAGUGGCUUUGAUCAGUGGUGGGAAGGACAGUUGUUAUAAUAUGAUGCAAUGUGUUGCUGCUGGGCAUCAGAUUGUUGCUCUAGCCAAUUUAAGACCUGCUGAAAAUACAGGGAAGACUGAUGAAUUGGACAGCUAUAUGUAUCAGACAGUAGGACACCAUGCCAUUGACCUAUAUGCUGAUGCUUUGGAUUUGCCGCUCUAUCGUGGUUUUAUAAAAGGUACCAGUGUAAAUACUGGAAGAGUGUAUACUGCAUGCCAGGAAGAUGAGGUUGAAGACCUUUACCAGCUCAUGAAACUUGUUAAGGACAAAGAAGGAGUAGAGGGUGUAUCUGUGGGAGCCAUUCUUUCUGACUACCAGAGAGUUCGAGUGGAAGAUGUGUGCAGAAGGCUUAAUCUUCAGCCUUUAGCUUACCUCUGGCAUCGGAACCAGGAAGAACUGCUUAAAGAAAUGAUAUCAUCUAAUGUUCAAGCCAUAAUCAUAAAAGUGGCAGCUUUUGGUUUAGAUCCAGAUAAACAUCUAGGAAAAACUCUAGGUGAAAUGGAGCCUAUUCUUUUGGAGCUCUCUGAGAAAUAUGGAGUCCAUGUUUGUGGAGAAGGAGGAGAAUAUGAAACAUUCACUCUGGACUGCCCUCUGUUUAAGAAGAAAAUAGUUGUAGAUUCAGCCGAGGUGGUCAUGCAUUCAGCUGAUGCAUUUGCACCUGUGGCCUACCUUCAUUUUUUAAAACUACACCUGGAGAGUAAGCAGGAAGAAUCCUCAGGUACUUUUGUGGUUAGUAGCUGUUCUUGUGAGAUAAGCUGCACAGAGGAUGAUAUUUUCCCUUCGUCAGAAGAGUAUGAACCACUGAAAAAUAUUCCAGUCAUCUGGAAGACUUUGAAACAUAAUUCUUUGAAUUUCACUAAGACAUUGCAAAAUUCUGGAAAAUCCCUGAGUGGUUACCAGUGGUUUGCAGGUAUCACUGCCCACUUCCUUCCGUCAAAGGAUAAAAACGCUCAAGAUGCAGCACGGGAAGCAUUUUCUUCUCUCAGAGCUAAUUUGGCUUCAGAGGGAUUGAAACUGAAGGAUAUUAUUUUGGUUCAUCUAUAUAUGAAGAGCAUGAAAGAUUUCAGUGUUAUAAACUCAGUUUAUGUGACAGAAUUUGAUUUGUGUCCACCAGCAAGAGUAUGUGUGGAAACGCUGUUACCUGAUGGAGUGCUGUUUUGCAUUGACUGCCUUGCACAUAAGUAUGACAUGGCAAUGGAUGAUGUAGUACAUGAUGAAAAGCUGGUCAUGCAUGUACAGAGCAUUUCCCACUGGGCACCUGCCAGCAUAGGACCUUACAGUCAGUCCAUCAAGGUUGGUGAUGUUCUCUACUGUGCUGGACAGAUUGCUCUGGUACCCUGCACGAUGCAGCUUGUUGGCGGUGGCGUACGCGCAGAGGCCAGCGUUUCCCUCCGUCACGUUGGGCGAGUUCUCCAAGCCAUGAGCCAGAGGACUGCUCUCCUCCACGUCAUCACAGCCAGCUGCUACGUAACCGACAGCAAGAGCAUUCCUAUUGCCCGCUCCAUCUGGCAGAAGAAAUUGAGAGAAUGCAAAAAGGUUGAAGACUCAGAGAUGUAUCCUGAUGAAACUGCAGUAUGUGGGUUGCUUGCUGUGGUUGUAGUAUCUCACCUACCUCGAGAUGCUGCCAUUGAAUGGCAUGUUGUUGCAGUAGUUGAUGAUCCACUCCGAAGAAAACAUUUUGGAAUGAAGAUGUUGUCAGAGGGCUUCCAAAUCAAGUGUGAAUCUGUGGAGUCUAGUUCUGCAUCUUGUGCAUCAAUCUCGGCACGCCUGAGCUUGAUUUCGUCAUCCACUUCUCACCUUGAUUUAGAUGGACCCCUUCAUGACUUAGUUGCUAUGUUUAAACAAGCUAUUGACAAACUCUCAGAAGACUGCACUGCCAGUCCUUUGUCCUUUAGAGCUUUCUUCAAGGAGCAUGUCUUUGAUGCUGAAGCACUACAAAAAGGACUGCAAGAAUACCUUGAAACAUAUUUGGAAGAGAAGACCCCAGCUCUGAUUUUAGUCCCUGUGUUGGAUUUACCUGACAAGGAUGUUAUUCAUAUAACAUGCUGGCUAAGCUAGCAGUUUAAAGAUGAGUUGAUAUCAAAACACACAUACAUUCCAUCCAGGAGAGAACAAAGAAAAGAGUUGAUACUAACUCUGUUGGAUACUUUCAUGAAGCAAUAUUGUUUGAUUUAAGCAAAGUCAUAUUACCUUGUUAAUAAUGCCUCGUGAUAUGUGACAGAGCCAGGUUUGUAAGAAGAAUAAAACUUUCUUUUAAAAAUAAUCUACUUUUUUCUGACUCGUUUUUAGAUGUCUGCAGGUUAUAGCAGGUGACUUUUGGGAGAUGCAGUUGGUCUGAUCACAUUGGUUCUUUGAUAUAUUUAGGUCUGGUUACAACACACCAAAUACUGUUUAUUAGAUAUUUUGGAUCAUCAUGUUUUCACCUCCAUUCAUAUUUAGAUCAUUUGGAUGGAGGUGAAACUAGAAUAUUACCUCCAAUACUGUUUUAGAGA